ACCGAUAAAUGUCAAAAUGUCAUAUGUAUAAUAUUUUAUGUCCUAGAUUACUCUUGGAUUAUGAUAAAUUGUUAUAAAUUUUUAACAUUGAUAUAUAUUAAAUAGUUAUUAGCAGUUUUUAAGCGAUAAUGAAGUAUACUUUUGUUGUUUAACAAGUAUAUUUUUAAUAUAUUAUGUAAAAUAUAAACAGUGUGAUGGCUGGUAACGAGAUAGACGAGGCUUUAGCCUCGCUAGAAAUACUUAUGUCUGAGUUCUUUGCACCAGCCACAAGUAAUUUCAGGAAGAGGGAGAUUGAGAGCAUGCUUGAAAACUUUUCUAACCGAAGUGACUCCUGGAAACACUGCUUGAUGUUCCUACAAAAAUCACAUAACCAUUAUGUUUUGAUGUUCACUUUGACUACUUUAGAGAAUAUCAUCAACCGGCAGUGGAUCCGUCUAUCAGACAAUGAGAAAACAGAGAUUCGUCUGACUCUAUGGAAUGAAUUGUUGGCUAAACAUGAAGUAAUGAUAUAUUUCAUUAGAAACAAAGUAGCUGCACUGAUGGUAGCUAUAGCCCGCUAUGACUGGCCACAUUUAUAUGAUGAUUUCUUCAGUAAUAUUGUUGAGUUAAUCAGGAGUGAUGGCUCUCGUUGCCUUUUGGGACUGGUCUUGGCCCAAGCAGCAAGUGAGGAACUUGGUGCAGCCCGUGACACAGGAGUCUUACUGCCUUCAGAACGUAGAAAUCAACUUGAGCGCCUUAUGCUUAAAGGGAUGCCACAAUUAUUAAAUGCUCUCAGUGAUAUCUUAGAACGGAAUGCCCAGAAGGAAGGGCAGUCUAACCCUCCACCAUCACCAACAAGUGGUGUUCCACAAACAUCCACACUGCCAGAUCUAUUGACAAAUACACAUGAUGUUACUGCCAAUGAUAAGGUGCUCAAUAUGGAAAUAGUGGUGAAGUGUCUCACUACUCUCCAACAUUUGUUCUCAUGGUUACCAUUGUCCUCACAUGUGCCACCAUCACUGGUGACCACUGUGUUCUACUGGGGCAGUAUAGCAACACAAUCACAGAGCGUGGAGGCGGCGCUGUGCGGGCUGGGCGGGGUGUGCGAGCUGCUGUACCGGCGGUACGCGCCGCCGUCGUCGGCCGCCACGGCGCUGCGCCUGCAGCACUGCGCGCUGCGACUGCUGCGGCAUCUCACGCACACGCAGAACGCCAUCAUGCAUGCGCAUCACGAUUACCUUAACAAGUUAGCAGAAUUCCUUAAACUGUUUGUAUCAUUGCAUUUCAAGAGAUUGGAGGCUGAACCAGAGUUUGAUGCUAUUGAAUUUUUGUCAUAUCUAUUCCAAUACACAUUCCAGGUGCCAACAUGUGCUAUAUUUAUAAACUGUUUAGAUAUAUGGAUACAAUUCAUCGAUAUUCUGAAGCCAGAAGAUACGCCAAAGUACUGGGAAGCUUUGCAAGCGCUUGUCAAUGGAGUGCUGAACAAAAUACAAUUCCAACAUAACAAGGCGCAGUUACAACACUUAGAUAACGAUGUUCGAGACGAUGAUGGUCACACUGAGUGGCACACAUUCCUGAAGCAUUGCAUAGAGUGCAUAGCGCGAGUCGCUGAACUCGCACCACUUAACGUUUUCACCAUUGUGUUGGAGCGUUGGCAGUGCUUGGCGGGCGUACACGCUCGCGCGGCCUCCCGCGGCGGCGAGGGCGAGCGACUACUGGCCGCCUUGUUAGACCUCGCCACCCUCACUCGUGUACUCGGGCGUCUCGCACCUUCACUGCUUGCAGAAUCAGAGAGCAGCCGUCGGUCUGCGGGCUGGGCGCUGGGCGCGGGGCUGGUGGAGCGCGCGGCGGCGGCGCUGGCGGGCGCCGCGCUCACCCGCCCGCACCGCGCCGCGCCCGCGCCGCAUCUGGCGCACGCGCACGUGCAGGUGCACGCAGAAAUGUUCGCUUGUAUGGGCGCGUGGUGUUGCUACGCGAACGAGUGCGGUGUACCGGUGCAGACCAUGGAGAGUUUGUUCUCGUCCGCCGUACCCUUCGUACUGCCACAUGAAAUACCGGAACCUCCACUUCUAACUCACGCUGCGGCACAUUUACUACUGAGCCUGGCGAAAAACGUGAAGUUUAACUCGGACCCAAUAGCUCUCUCAGGUGACUUGUACGAAAAUGCUCAACGCUCUCUACAAUACUUGGAUACUAAGACAGCGGUAGUGGUACGUGAAGCCCUAGUGUCGUUGUCCCUGCGUGGAGGCGGGGCCGCAGGGGGCGUGGCCGGGGGCGCGGCUCGAGCGCUGAUUGGUGCGUGGGGCGCAGCGCUGACCACACAGGGCCCGGCGCAAGCCCUGCCCCCUCUCACAGCAUUACUCCAUGCGUUCUCUGAUGCGCCUACACAAGCUAAGAAGAUGAUAGCGGAAGGCAUCCAGAGCUCGGCGGAGACGGCGCUGCGCAUGCUGUGCGAGCCGACGUUCGCGGCGGCGGAGGCGGAGAUCACGGACUUCUUCCUCGCGCUGUUCACUGCACUACUGCCGCAGCUCGGCAACUUCGCGUACACUGCCAUCGACGUGUUCCUCGAGGUCGCUCAGAGGUACGUGCUCAUUUUUGCUCGCGCUGCCUACCGACUGCUGGCUAGCGUCCUGAUCCACCGCUGGCGCUACUUCUUCCCGGCGAAGUGCACGGAGGCGGAGAGCGCGGCGCGGACGGACGAGCUGCGCGCCGCGCUGGCCGCGCUGGGCCGCGCGCUGCUGCAGCCCGACAUCGAGCUGCUCAGGCUCAACAUCGACACGCUCGACGCGCUCAACUCCAAGUGCAAGCUCUACCAUAAGGUGAUGUUCCGCACGGAGUUCCUGGGCGAGUUCCUGUCGGUGCUGCUGCUGGGGCUGGCGGAGGGCGGGUGGCGCGCGCUGGCGCGGGACGAGGUCACGGCCGCGCUGCACAGCAUGGCGCUCGUCGACUUCCCCGCCUUCCGCGCCGCCUUCCUGCCGCACUUCCUCGCCUCGCUGCCCGGCCUCGCGCCCGACCACCAGCGGCAUCUCGCGCACUUCCCGCCCGACACGGACUUGCCAACGUUCACGCAAAACAUCCAGCGUCUGAUGAACGACGUGAACUGUUACCGCGCGUACAGUUCGCUCGCGCCGACCAGUAUGUCUUCCUAGCAUUGCCUGUUAUUUCACGCCUCCCUGUGAUAUAGGUGUUAGGACCACUUGUGAUAACUUCUGUACUUCCACAUACGUAAACGAAGAAUGUUUAGUAUGUUUGUGCCGUAAAUUGUGUUUAUAAAGGAUUUUAAUGAGAAAACUAAAAUAAGACAUUACAAUAUUUGAGUGAUUACAACGCCUUUGGAACUUAUACGCGGUAGUGAAUCGACAUAUUGUGAAAACUAUUUUACGUUUUUGUGAAUUUAACACGGAAAAGAAUAUAAAAAGUUAGUUUAGAUUACGAAAAUAUAAAAUUUACAAUUACAUUGUAUGUUUAAUGUUUAUGAAACAUAAGGUUACUUAAAAUAUUUUAAGAGGGAAUUAUGAUCUUGUGAAACGUAAUUUUACGUGAUGUCUGGUAAUUUUAGAACAGGAUUUUCAUUCUUAGAAGGUCAAUCAGGUCCUUUUCAUAUGCUCAAGUGAAUGCAUUAAUCACAAACUGAUAGUGUAGAGAUCUUAGUACUUUUACUUACUUUUCAUAAAAUCCAUAUGUAAGAAUGGGCUUAUGAGAAGGAUCGCUUUAUUAUUAUAAUAAUAACAAAUUUUGUACUGAUGAUAAUACCUAGGUAGUUAUAUUUGUAAUCCAUUUAUCCAGUGUAGACAAUUGUGUUAGUUCAUAAAUAGUAAUUCGGGAAAAAUGCUUGUAUGAUGUUUACAGUAAUUUUUUCUAACCAAAGUGUCGGUUACAUUUCCCUUCGUAAAAAUAGAGGAAGCUGGAACUUUUGCAUGAAAUAUCCAAGGCUCCUUCAUCCAUAUGUUGCUAAAAAGUAAGUUAGGGUACGACCUUAGACCCCGACUAGCUUUUUGGCAGCAGUUUGCUUCCAUUUCUUCAGUACAUACAUAGAAGAUAAGGGUAGUAAAAUUAUUGGAGACAAUGGACCAUUGGUGACAAUGGUUAUAUUGGACUGAUUUAACUGGUUUACGAAUCAGGAAUUAGUCAAUCAAAUUAUUACGUACUCUCAGAAUUAUACAUUGUAUUUCAGAAUUAUAGACAUACCUAUGUAUACGUAAUAUAAAUGUAUAAUUCUGAAAUACAAUGGCAUUUUAUUGGAUCAUUCAUACUGUCUUUGAUAUAAUAGUCGAAAAGAGUAUAUUGAGUAAUUACGUUCGACUAAUAAUUGCGCUCCUAGUGACUUCAAACUCUAUUCUAGUGUAGAUAUUUUUUGUUAUCAAUAGCACAUCUUACCACAUACAGUUAUUGCCGUACUUUAUAACUUCAUCUUCUUCUAACGUAAAACUCAUGAUAACAAGAUACAGAAACUAUAGAACUAACACUUAUAUUUUUGUCUUACAGAAACCUAAUUUUAUUUUCGAAUUGGCCAUACAUUUCGGCGAGAACUGUAUGUUAUAGAAGAUGACUUAUCCUUAUAUUACCUAUAGUUUCUAUUCUAUAUUCCGUUCUUAUCACUAGCUGUAGUUUAUUAUUUAAAUUAACUAAGACAAAACCAAGUUCUUAACUGAAUUUGUCAUAGAAGACUGUACAUUAUUCAUUCGAGUUUAAUUCUAUGUGAAUGUCAUCAUUUUAUAAUCCCUCGCAAAAAUAGAAGGGUGUUAUAAGUUUUAUUUGAAUCGUAAUGAUCCAGUUAACUUGGGGGAACCAUUAUUGUAAAUUGGUUCUAGACAAAUCAUUUAUAUGCAUUUAUAAAAUUAGUUAAGAUUUCAGCACAAUUAUAGGAGUAGUGUUUACUAGUCAUUGAUAAUUAUGUUAAACCGGCGUUUGUGUUUCUAAUUGGACAACAUACAAAGUGUAUUUUAUCUUAAACUAGUAUUGUCUCACUGUUAUGUUGCAAUUCAUGGCUGGGUAAGGUGAUCAAUGCUUCUUUCUAUGCAGUAUAGAAUUACUGUUGUAAAUAAAUUAGUUCUAUUUUAUUUAAAAGUGAAUGCUGAACUUUUACGCAUAUUUAUGACAUGCAUUUAAGUUGCUUAAGGGUGCAAUAGUUCAUGUUACUAUGUUCACAAAAUGUUGUGACGGACAAGUAAAGGUCGGACCCCACCAAAGAGGUGAGAAGUUCGAAUAAUUAAUAGAACUCUGAUAUUUAUACAUUUCGUCUUUAACUUUAGCGAAUCGCGUAAUUAAAAAACCUGCUGGUAUUUCUUUUUAUAACACAGCUAAAAUCCUUUUUUGAUCUUCAUCACCCCUUGGUGGAGUCCAGGCCUAACACAGAACAUUUUUUAUGUAUGCUUUUUAAAAGAGAAAUAAAGAAAAUCUAGUUGUUUCAAUAAA